AACGACGCCGUUUGCUUCCUCUUCCCCAUAAACUCGCGGCAACCAAAGCAAUCUUCCCCUGUCCGAAUCAGCCAGCCAUCCUCCACCCGCCGGUUUCUUUGCUGACAACAGGCCGGAAAAUAUCCCCUUCCAAUUCCCUCCCAUGGAUUCCACCACCGCCACCGCAAACCUUCCGGCAGCGGAAGCUAAAAUAACCCCCACAACCCCUCUGAUUCCCCCCAAACCAAUUGCCUUAGCCAACCCGAAAGUCAGUGACCGAGAUUUCCUGACCCACCUCGAAGCCUACCUCUCCAAACGAGACGGCGUCGACAAGCUCCUCAAGAUCUCGCGAUACGCCGCCAAGAUCAUCCUCUCCUCCUCGAUCCUCCCCGAAACCCUAAUUCUAACCAACCGCCUCAAGAGCUUCGAGUCCAGCGUCGGCCUCAGCCGGAAGGCAUUCCGCCUCGGAAAAUUCGUCCAGGACGUCAAUUCCCUCCGCCACGGCGGCUCCUCCCACUUCCACUCCCGACAGGAAUUGAUCCUCUCCAUCCUCGCCUACGGCGGCGAGGGAAUCUACUACUUCGUUGAGCAGUUCGUGUGGCUGUCCAAAUCGGGUUUAAUCGACGGGAGGCACGCCAAGAGGUUGGGGAAAAUCAGCGCCUGGGCGGAAUUCGCCGGAUACGUCGGGAGCAUCUCGUUGAAAUUUAGGGAUCUGAACGAAUUGAACGGAGACAUGGCCGCGCUGUCGUCUACGAUCGAGAUAGCGCACUCGAGAGGGGUUCGGUGCGGCGAGGAGGAAGAGAGGAUGGAGAAGUUGAAGGGGAAGAUGGUGAUGAAGAAGCUGUCGAUCGUUCAGGAUUUCGCCGAUGGGUUUAUGGCGUUGGCUGAUAUUAGGGACGGGAAAGGGAAGCUGUCGUCGCCGUUGUUUUUGUCGUGCGCGGGGCUUUUGUCAGCCAUAAUUAGUACCCAGAAGAACUGGGCCGCCUGCUGAGCUUGGGAAAUCACAGGUAAAACAAACAACAUUUGUAUUCCAAGGAAAUAUUAGUUCAAGUCCCAACACUUCCAACACAUUUGGUUUGCCCAAUAAUGGAUCAUGAAGAACUGAAAGAGGAGAUCUCUGGGUUUUAUUGUUAGACAAUACUAAACUUGAUUUGAAUAAUAAAGUUACAGAAUUGCAGUCGGGUGAGUGAUUAGCUCUGCGUCUGGCCAUCUUGUAGUUGUGCUUGAUGUUACUGUAAUGGGGAUGAAUCCUGAAUCCGGGUCUCGAGUCUCGAUCGGAUUGUCAGUGUUGCUAAAUAUGGAUUCUAGGCAGAGUUCUGGGAUCAGUGAGGUUUCUAUUCGAGUGAGAAAUUGAGAACUCCAUGUGUUUUAAGUUUUAACAUAUUGCAGAGCAAGGCUCGUUGGCGAUUUGCGGCAUUCAAAUAGGUGAAACUUGGAUUAGCUCGUGAGUUGUAUGCUAUGGAGUUCUUCUCAUCUUGUAGUUUGAAUCUGCAGAAUUGGUGUAUUUGGUUUGCUAGCAUGAUUUCUCUUCUUGAGAGCUCGACUUCAGAAAGUUACAAUCAGUUUCUAGAGAUGAGCUUCUCGCUUUUAGCCACAACCACAAAGCAAUGAUGGGUAUGGCUAGUUUCCUGACUUUUCUUGGGAAAUAUUGCUACUGAUUUUACUUUUCUUUGGGAACUGGUGUUAGCCUUUUAGGAUCUACUUAGAGGUGGCAAUUGGAUCGGAUUCGUGGAUUCGUAGAUUGGAUUGAUGGAUCUAUGGAUCAAAUGGAUUGGAUCCAAUGGAUUGGUGGAUUCAUGGAUUGGUGGAUUGAUCCAUGAAUCCAAAUGACAUCCAAGGCUUGGACCAAAAUGUAAAAUUUUAAAAGUUUUGGUACUAAAAUGUUAUAAUGAAAAAUUUUAGGUACCAAAAUGUAUUUUCCAAUGAUAUUUUUCGUAUAAAAAUAUAAAUUUUUA